AUGAAACGAGCUGCGUAUCGAUUAUCAGAUCCACAUUUCUAUCAAUCGUCACGUUGGUUACAAAGUUUAUGGGAAAAACGACGUACAGCUGCUACAGGAGCCACAAUGAAUGCAGCACAAACAACUGAGUGUUAUACAGAAUGGUCUAAUUCAUUGAAAACAGAUUGUGUUGUGCAAUAUAAAAUUAUGACAUCAGUCGAUGAAAUAACGUUAAACGAAAACAAAGUCAUAUUGAAUAAUCUUAUACCCAAAUAUAACUGGAAUGUUCGUUUUGAUAAACGAUUUGAUCAACAAUGGAAACCAUUUUUGCGUCCAAGACCAAACCAAGUACUGGAAUAUAUACCGUUACUUACGAGAUACAUGAAAUAUUAUUUACAGAUGAAAAAAUUGAAACGAAGACCACGUGUUCCAAUUGGAGGACUGGGUUGUGGGACUAUUGGACGUGGCUUUCGUGGUGAAUUCUGUAGAUAUCAACUCUGUCCGGGAUUAUACGAAUUUCAAAUAGUUGAAGCAAAUACAUUUACUGUGUGCGUUCGUCGACAUAAUUUGACAACUUAUACCCAAGUACUAACACCGUAUCAGUUGACGAAAAACGGUUUCCAAACAUGGAAGUCUGCUUAUCCAAAAGAAUGUGGUAAUUAUUAUGGUCUCUAUCCACAAUCAUGGACAGUAUAUGAUUUGCCUGGACAAAAUAUUAAAUUAUUAUGUAAACAAUUAUCACCAGUCAUUCCACAUGAUUACAAAGAUUCAUCAUUACCAAUAGCAGUAUUUGAUUGGUAUAUUGAAAAUUUAAAUGAUGAACCUGUUGAAGUUAGUUUAAUGUUUAUAUGGCAAUCUGGUUCAGCUUCUCAAGAAUUUUCAUGUACAAAUGUGACGCACGAGUUUAUUACAACUUCUCAUGGUCAUGGUUUUUCCAUUAAUCAAUUAUUACGUGAAAUGAAAUUAGAAUAUUGUGUAGUUGCUAAACAAGAGUCCGAUAACAGUAUAACAGUGAAAACAAAUUUUGAUCCAGACUCAGAAAAAUCAGGACAAGCUCUAUGGUAUGAUCUAAUAAGUGAUGGACAACUAGAUGAAAAUCAAAAGGAAUUUCCACAAAAAAGUUCAGUUGGAACAGCUAGUUGUGUCUGCGUACAAACAACCGUUCAACCUCAAGAAAUCAAAACAACAGAAUUUGUACUUGCUUGGCAUAUGCCAAUUGUCAAAUUUGGUUGUGCACAAGAAAGUUAUAAACGCUGGUAUACAAAAUUUUUCAAUGAAUCGGAAUUAUGCGGAGCACAUUUAUGUUCUUAUGCGAUGGAAUCGAAAUCAAAAUGGGAGAUAGCAAUUCAACAAUGGCAACAACCAAUAUUAGAUGAUGAAGAACUACCAGAUUGGUAUAAAAGUGCAUUAUUUAAUGAACUUUAUUUUGUCUCAGAUGGAGGAACGGUAUGGUUUGAUGUAAGCAAUGAUGAAAAAGUAUCAAAUCAUAUUAGAAAAUGGGGACGAUUUGCAUAUUUAGAAGGUCAAGAAUAUCGAAUGUACAAUACGUAUGAUGUACAUUUCUAUGCUUCGUUUGCAUUAAUUAUGAAUUGGCCUGAGUUAGAAUUGAGUAUCCAAUAUGAUUUUGCGGACACAAUUUAUAAAGAAACUGAAGAAACAAGAAUAUAUUUAUUUCAUGGUUCCAUCGCUUUAAUUAAAUCACUGCAUUGUAUACCACAUGAUUUGGGAGAUCCUGAUGAAGAACCCUGGCUCAAACUGAACGCUUAUAGUGUUCAUGAUACAUCGGAUUGGAAAGAUUUAAAUAUAAAAUAUUUAUUACAAAUCUAUCGAGAUUAUGUGUACACAAAAAAUAAACAGUUUUUAAUCGAUGUUUGGCCAACAGUGAAAUUGGUAACAGAUAGAAUAAAAACAUUUGACACUGAUGGUGAUGGUUUAGUCGAUAAUGGUGGUUUUGCUGAUCAAACAUACGAUGCAUGGAAAGCAACGGGAGCAAGUGCUUAUUGUGGUGGUCUACAUGUUGCAUCACUUCGUGCUUGUAUUGAAAUGGCUAGAGUGAUGAAUGAUUUACAGGCAGUAGAGGAGUAUGACAUGUGGCUUGAAAAAGCAAAAAAAUCAUUGAAUGAGAAGCUAUGGAAUGGACAAUAUUAUGACUAUGAUAGUAGUCAAUCGCGACAUCAUAACAGUAUAAUGAGCGAUCAAUUGUCAGGAUUCUGGUAUCUUCGUUUAUGUGGUCAUCAAUAUGAAGAAUUUGACAAAGAACAUGUUGACAGUAUAUUACAUACAAUAUUUAAAAUAAAUGUGAUGCAAUUUGGGGACGGUAAGUUAGGUGCCGUUAAUGGAAUGACCAGUGAUGGUCAAUUGGAAACAGCUAGUAUACAAUCCGAAGAGGUUUGGACCGGUGUCAAUUAUAGUUUGAGUGCAACAAUGAUAAUGGAAGUGAGUUCUACUUUUCCUAUAAAUAUGACACAUGAAGCAUUUCUAACAUCGGAAGGAAUUUAUAAUACGUGUUAUAAUCUAGCUGGUCUAUCAUUUCAAACACCAGAAGCCUUAAUGAAAACUAAAACAUUUCGAUCGUGCGGUUAUAUGAGAGCACUAGCCAUAUGGUCAAUGCAAAAAGCUAUUGAACUUACACGUUCGUAUAAACAGAAAAAUCAUAUUGAAAAUGACAAUCUUAGCUAG